AGAAACAGAUUAAUCAGUAACCCCUUGAAGUCCCGCAAAGGAAAUUCUUGGUCAGAGCUUUCCGACAUCUCGCCUGUGCUCUUCCGAGGAAGUUAAACCCGUUGAUGUUCGGCGUCACCAUGUAGCGAGGAAUACUGAUUUCUUGGAAUCGGACACCAGUGCCUCCUUCUUCCUACUCCUUCGCACUAUAAAAUGACCGAUACCUUUCAGUCAGAUGGCACAACGAUUUUGACUUUCCAGCAUAAUAGUCCUUUGGAUUUCUUCUGAAAGCAUCCACAUUGCGACAAUGGCUGCUACAGCUACUUCCUGUCAAACGACAAUCCUGUACGUUGCAUUUGUCGGGAUCUUUCUGUUGACUGACGCUCACAGCAUCCCGGUUCCAGAACCAGAGUAUUCACCAUCCCCGGUGAGUGCAACGGUAGACACUCUUGUCCACGGCGUAGACCAAUGUCUUCAGGUCGGCACUACGUAUGACCAGAUCGACGAAUUCAAGCAGAGUGUGUGCCAAUCCAAAGACGAUUACUUGCGGCGUUCAUUGUACCCAAACCACUUGGCAGCGCAGUGCGACUGGCCGGGUAAUAACUCUGUUCCAUGUGUGGAAUACACCCAGGACCUGCCCGGCUGGCAGGAGAGACUUGGCUAUAUUGCUGGAGUUCUGGACAAUUUCCACCGCGCUGGAUUCCUCCACUACAUGAUGGAGUACGAGUUAGUCAUAAACAGAACGGAGGAGAACAGCUUUCUGCCUGAUAUUGGCCGCUUGCUCAAUGAGACGGCAUAUCAUAGCCGCUUGCUACGUAACCUGACUGAGGUACUGGCGGGUGUAGAGCUGCAAGACCUCUUCAGAAAGAGAGACGUUUGCUCUGACCCAUCUGGGGAUGGUGCGUUCGAGGAUGACGAAGAAUGGCCGCCUGUAAUGGAGGUUACAGAGGAUAACUUUGCAGAGUACCGCAGCUACCUGGUUGCAUAUAACUAUGGUACAUUGAAGGCACUGUGCCUAACAGCCGGCGACCUGCAUAAUGAGUUGCAGAAUGCCUUGGAUGGAGCUUGCCCCCGUGGAAGUGAUGAGCCAACAACAUCUACAGGAGGACUGAGUGAUGAAGAUGUGACUUCAAGUCCCCAAAGCGACUACAGAGAAUCAAGCUAACUACACAUGUAGAUACUCCAUUGGACAGCUCAUACAAUGUAGAUACUUCCCUGACCCAUCGCCCGGCACGGCCCAUGAGGAGCUAUUGGCGUUUGGCUAGCAGCCAUGCCCAAUCUACUCUCUGAAAAUAUGAAUGACUCGCAAGAAUGAUCAAUGCUAUUUUCCUAUUACAAGAAGCCUUCCAAUAGGUAUUGCAUAAUUCUGUGAAAACUGUUUAUUAUACUUGACAAGGCUGUUUUGGUCCCUUUCCCGAGUACUUUCCUCAGAUUAAAAUCAUUAUUCCUCACUCUCAUGGGAAAUAUAAACCUUGAGUCUUCACCUUAACUGCUCAAGCUUCUGUGGCA